AUGCCCUUAAGUGGAUGGUCUCAUAAUGUGACUUCUUAUAGAUUACAUAUUUUAAAUUGUAAUACAAUAUUAAUACCUUCAUUUCACUAUGAUGGGCGAAAUACUACAAAAAAUACUUAUUUCUUCAUUGGAAUUGGCCAAUUUCCAGAAGCUGUGGAACACCAACUUAAGGCUAAUGUCGUCGGCCAGAGAUCGGGAGAGCCUCUUCGAAGUUAUUCUGGGGAAGAUGUUGUUUUACGUUUACCGAGGCCGUAUAGAACAUUUGAUAUAGAUUUUAUUUCAAUAUUUAAUACAGACGAACAAAAAUCGUUUGGUCAUGUUUUGAUUCCCUCAUUGCUUGUACCUCCAUGUUAG